AUGGUGGCUGAAAGUGAUAGUAGUGCAUGGUCUUCAGACGAUACACUAAGAAUAUUGAUUGCGUCCGACAUUCACUUAGGUUACUUAGAAAAAGAUGCCGUCAGAGGAGAGGAUAGUUUCAUUGCUUUUGAAGAAGUUUUGUCACAAGCAGUCCAGUACGAUGUUGAUUUAGUGCUUCUAGGAGGAGACCUAUUCCAUGAUGCGAAACCUUCGCCCAGUUGUAUGUAUAAAUGUACAGAAAUUGUCCGGAAAUAUUGUUUCGGUGAUAAGCCGGUAAGCAUCGAACUAUUGUCUGACCAAAUUAAAAACUUUUCACGAAAUGUAAACUAUGAAGAUCCCAACUUGAAUGUGUCCUACCCGAUAUUAUCAAUUCACGGUAACCAUGACGAUCCUGUUGGACAAGAUGGCAUAAGCUCGCUGGAUAUUCUGUCUAUGGGUGGGCUAGUCAACUACUUUGGCAAAUGGACUGACUAUACCCAUGUACGUAUUUCACCGGUACUACUACAGAAAGGUGACAGUAAACUUGCUCUAUAUGGCUUGAGUCACCUAAAGGAUCAACGUCUGUCAAGGCUGUUUCAAGAGAAAAAAGUAGAAAUGUUACGUGAUGAGGAAAAUGAUUGGUUUAAUAUACUUGUGCUGCACCAAAAUAGAGCUGAAGAUAGAGGUGCUGGCAAUUUUAUUCGAGAAGAGGAGCUCCCUAAAUUUUUAGAUUUAGUUCUUUGGGGUCAUGAGCAUGACUGUGAAUUAUAUGAAAUGAAAGGAAAACAAGAUAAAGAACAUUUCAGAGUUAUCCAACCAGGGAGCACAGUGGCCACAUCCCUGGCAGCCGGUGAGUCCCGUCCAAAACAUUGUGCAUUGUUACAGAUAUACAAGACUGAUUUUAUUUUGACACCUCUGCCCCUCAAAACUGUGCGACCAUUUAUUUUCAAAACAAUUGUAUUGUCUGAAGAAAAUCUUGGGGACGAAGGUGUCAAUGAGAGUGAAAAAAUACAAGAGUUUUUGAAGCAGAAAGUCUCUGAUGCAUUGGCAGAAGCACAAAAUCAACUGAGUGGUGAUCCAAAACAGCCAACGGUUCCUCUCAUUAGACUCAGUGUCUUCUAUGAGCGAGAAGAUCAAACAUUCAACAGAAUACGAUUUGGACAGCAUUUCAAUGGAAUAGUUGCUAACUCAAAUGACAUUCUAUUGUUAAAAAAAGAAAGGAAAGUGCGUGAAAGGCGAGAGGCAGGUGUAAAGAUAGAAAUGAAAGUUACAGAGCCCAUCGAAAAUGUUGCCGAUGUUGAAACUCUCCUGAAAGCUUAUUAUGAUGCUCAGCCGCCGGAUCGUGGCCUCGCUGCUCUUCCGGUGCGAUUUAUGACGGAAGCGGUUCGUGAAUUCACUUUAAAGCAAAGUGGUGAUAUUUUGAUAAACGCUCUCGAAGCACAUAAAAGACGCUGUAUUGCAACAUUGGUAGAAUCUAAUACCGAUCCAGAUAUCGAGGCGAUAACGGACCGACUGCGAGUUUUACGUGAUGAAAUAGAUGCGGCCGACGAUUCACAGUUAGCGGCUAUGAGGGCAGCACCGGCGGUAAAAGAAAUUACAGAGCUGUCUAGUGACGACGAAUCCCCGAAAGCAUCGGAAGAAAUCGGCCGUGGGCGAGCGCGCGGGGCGCGUGGUGCGCGCGCAGCACCGAAGGCGCGCGGGGCCCGGGGCGGGAAGGGGCGCGGGCGCAGCGAGCCGGAGCCCGUGGUGGUGAUCACGCCGAUGAGCACGCCGCGAGCCACACCCGAGCGCCGCACACCGCGCCGCGCAGCCGCUCAGAAGAGUUCUAAUUGGCUUCAAAGUAUUGCAGUGAGCACACGUCGCUCCCGUCGUGAAUCCUCUGAGAUUGACGACUCUGACUAA